GUUCACGAUUGAAUAAUAAAAUCCGAGCGGUGGCAUGUAGAAUGAAAGAAGAAACCUGUUGGUUAUGCAAGCUGAUUAAGACAAUCGCAAUGAAAGGAAGGGUAAUGUUGAAGUUAAUUGGUAUUUCGUAGCGUAUUUUGCUUGAUUGAAAAUUAUUACCUGAAUACUUUUCACAUUCCAAAAUAGAACUUUCAACGCAUUUUGUAAGCGUGACCCAACCUCUUGAUCCAGGCCAAUGUCAUUGCUGUGAAUUUAAAAAUGAAAAUUAGUGGGAUGAAGAAACAAUAUACAUUCAUUCCGGGUCUUUGUUGAAUUCUUUGCAUCGGUUUACAAGCUCUCGUUUCAAACUUUUUUUUUAGUUUUACAAGUUAUGAGCCGCCUACAGAGAACUUAAUUAGAUGCUAGGAUAGAAAAAAAGUUUGUAUGUAUACAUAUUUUUUAUAUAUAAUCAUCACUAGUGAAAAAUAAAUUCAAUACCUGGGCAGGACACUGAUAUUUGGUGAUGAUAGCGAUCACUAGCGCGUCAGGCCGAAUCAACUAUCGGUUGCCUUUCCCAUGAAGUUGUCGAGACGCCGCCUGCUGACUACAUGCGGUAGGCGAGUCGCGUGCAACGAAAUGUUAACGAUCUCUCGUUUGUCUGAUGGCGUCACCAGUAAAUUUUAGUUCCAGAUUAGAAGAAAUAGUGCCCCAUGUUCAGUUAGCUUUUGAAAAUCAAUAUUGGUAGCUGAAGUCAUUCUUUUACUGAUUUAUUUGACCCGCUGAUCGAUCCGAUGCAUGGAAAUGGGAAACGACAUCGAAGGCUGCUGCUUGUAGCCACAGUGUGUCUUUUCGUAGUCUUCAUAUUUCACAACAGUCGAUUAUUUAUUUGGAAUUCGCAUUCUUCUGGAUGGAAUAGUACAAAAUAUGAAGCCCGUCGAAUGAGCGAGAGAGUAAAAGGUGGAGUUGGCCGGGUUAUUCAUCCGAUUUAUCACGACAUUGAGCUACCGUGGUGGGAACGGUUAAACAUUUCGAGCUGCAGCAAAUUAGGAGACAACGUAAAGCACCCCAGUCGUGCGGCAGAACAUUUACCCGCCCCUUACAAUGGCAGCAAUUUUUUUCCACGGAGCGGUAACUGUGGACGACGAGCAUCGCUGCUCGGGGACAAGCAGAAAGUUGUAUCUUUCUCCGUGUAUGGAACAAAUCAAAAGUAUUACAAUGGAUUAGUGUUCGUACUUGAUGAUAUUCAGCAAUAUUAUCCGGGUUGGAAUAUCCGCAUUCACACACUCCCUAAAGAACACUACUCCUUUUUCUGUCCUCUGUUGAUGAAGUAUCCCAACUUGGCCUUGUGUGAUGCCGAGAACCUGCCUGAGCCUCUGGGUGACGUGUCGAUGUUGAACCCAAUGCUGUGGCGCUCGUCACCCAUGGGGGACCCGCAGGUCGAGCGGUUCAUCGUCAGGGACUCAGAUGCCCAGAUGAACGAGCGGGAGGUUGCGGCCGUGAACGAGUGGAUAGCGUCAGGUAAAGCGGUGCAUCUCAUGAGGGAUCAUCCGAGUCACAAUGCACCCAUCUUGGGGGGCAUGUUCGGGGUGUACCAGCCCCCCGACAUGCUUCAUGUCUUCGAGGACAUCCUUCACGAUCUUUUCAUCUUGCCUUCAAAAAUUGAUCAGACUAAUUUAGCGAAAGUGAUGACGAGAAGCUUCCUAGACGAGCACGCGUUGCAGCACAGCAGCUUCCACUGCACGCUGGCCGGACGGAGCCUGCCGUUCCCGACUCAGAGACAACAUGGCUUCUUCGUGGGCAACCCUUGGUAUCGACCAGAAUAUUGUUGCGCCCCAAUGACCGAGGAGUGCCCACUGCGAUGUCGACCAGCUGCUCAUCCUGACUGGAUAUAUUGUUAGGCAAUUGCACAUCAACUGUAUAGAAUAUACCUGUAUAGGUAUAUCUUUUCUAUCAAACAUUCGCAAACAAUAAGGUCUCAAAUCUGCGCUGAAUUACUGUGAAAUAUGAUUGAAAACUCUUUAUUUACCGUUGUAGACGAAUUCGCAUUGAGAGCGUCUUGUCGCAUUAUAUGACAUCAAUCCUCAUUGAAAAUAAUUUAACAUGAAAUAUUUUAAACCCGCAACUUUACUCGUUAUUAUUAUAUUAUAUUAUCGUUAUUAUAUGAGCGCUAUCUGCUCCCUCAUCAUUGAUUGAGCUCAAGGAAUCUUAAAUAAAAUGCGGGGUGCUGCUGUAGCGCACAGAAAUUCAGUGGAGCUGGAAGUGAUCCUCUGAUGUGUGAUGGUAAAAAAUAGAUCAUUUAAUGAUUUUAAUCUUUCACAAAUGUGAUGAAUUUUUGGAAAUGAAUGUUCCUAAGCGUGUUCUGUUUGAAAUAGUCGCCACUAAAGGCUUGCCUGUAAGUAACUAUUGUCGCUAUCGAAGGUCUUGUAUUAGAGGAAAAUAAUCUGAUCCUACCGUAUAUGAGGCUGUAAAAA